AUGAAUUUCCUCUGCAAAGCAUUGCUGCUUUGCGCACUAGCAAACAGUGGAAUACUAGCUAUGCCAAAGUCAAAGCUGCUUGCCUCGCGCAAUCUCUUACUAGAAAGCAGAGCUCAACAUGAGUCCCGAGAUGUGAAACAGAUACCCAGCUUCAACUGGAACGGAGGCGAAGUUGCUGGUCCACGCUUUGCAUCCAUCACUGCAGAAGUCAUCAUCCCCAAUAUUACCUUCCCGGAUGGAUACAAUGCCAGCGCGACCUACAGCUCUUCUGUUUGGGUCGGAAUUGGUGGAGACCAGAACACUUGUGACGAUCCUGCACGCAUCAAAAAUGGAGGUCUUCUUCAAGGAGGUUAUUACUACCUGUACGACCCUCAGGGUGACUUUGGUGUUUUCGCCUUCUAUGAGUGGUUUCCGAACCCGCCCAUCUUCCUAGACGAUACGGAGGGCAUUAAUACGGCAAUUGGUGACCAUGUGCGCAUGACCAUCACCCAAAAGGAUAACGUGACUGGUACCUUCACGUGGGAGAAUUUUACCUCAAACAAAAAGUUUACAACAGAUUUAAAGGCCCCUGUAAAUGGGACCUUGUGUACAAAUCAUGCAGACUGGAUUAUUGAGAGCUUUAUGACGCGUAAUAACCACAACACUCUGUUCCCAGACUUUGGUAAAUUGUCAUUUACUAACAUUAGGGCUGUAUCGGAAGCGAAUGUGGAGAUAUCACUACAGGAGCAUGGCAUUGUUGUUGAGGCUAAUCCUCUUUACCCGAGUGGGAAGAAGAACUUAACUGAUUGCAAGAUGGGAUCCGAUAUUACAACAUGUAAAUGGCUUGGAUAUAAGGAAAUCUUUGGUAAAUAG